AUGCAGGUCCGUUUAGAAGCUCUCCCCCAGGGACACAUCAGUUGCUUGCAGGCUUCCGUCGAAGACAACCACUUCCAUAUCAACGACACCGCCAUGUGCUCGGCAAUGUUCUGCAUCAAAGUGAUUCUGCACUCGGCGAUUGACGACGGUACUUGUUCCGGCGGCUCACUGGAUUACUGUAGUUGUCCUAUUCAGAUGGAAUCUUCCAGCAGGGAAUCUCUUCCCGCUGUGCGUACACCGGCGGAGACAGACAAGUUUGUCAGCAGAGCGAGGGAAAGUGCCAGGACAUUUCGUUUUACGACGGAAUGAAAGGAAACGUGAGUUCGAGUUUCCAUUCCAUUUCAGUGACGUGGCACUACAGUAAUUCUUGCAGUUCUCAUUUUGCUGCUGCAAAGAAAACCGAUGCAAUCUGGCGAAACAGGCCGAGCUGGACACCAUCUAUUCGUCGAAUUCAAGAUCUUCCCGAAAAGCCAACUCGUCGUCACGUCAAUUAUUCGUUCAUCUAAUAUUAUUAUUCCAAGUGGUUAUCGUUGUUCCAUUAUUUGUUUUUUAG